AUGCGUUAUUUAAUGCCGACAAUAUUUUUUUUAUUGCUGGUUGUAUUUUCUUUCUUUCUUUCUUUCUUCCUUUCUUUCUUUCUUUCUAUCUAUCUAUCUAUCUAUCUAUCUAUCUCGGACGUAGAAGUCUUUCGCAGCAUACCAUUUGCUAAACCCCCUGUCGGUACACUCAGAUUCCGCAAGCCAGAACCUGUAGAACCCUGGGAUGGUAUCCGCGACGCGAGACCUCUGCCAAAUUCCUGUAUGCAGAGUUUGGAUGAUUUCAAAGAUUUCGAAGGGGUCAACAUGUGGAAUGCAAACACCAAGAUAAGUGAAGAUUGUCUGUACCUCAGCCUGUGGAUUCCGUCCAACGCGAGAAAGUCUAAACUGAAACUGUCGACUAUGGUGUGGAUCUACGGUGGGUCCCUAACGAGCGGGACAAGCACUCUGACUCUGUACGACGGGAGCUGGUUGGCCGCUAGUAAGGACGUCAUUGUGGCUUCGUUUAACUACCGACUGGGUCCUUUCGGUUUCUUGUAUCUGGAUGAAAAGCUGGCUCCGGGCAACAUGGGUCUUCUCGAUCAAAAUAUGGCUCUAAAAUGGUUGAACAAAAACAUAAACAUAUUUGGAGGUGACCCUUCGAAGAUAACUCUGUUUGGAGAGAGUGCGGGUUCCGUUUCUGUUAGUUAUCAAGUCGUCUCUCCGUUAUCGCAAAAGCUAUUCCGAAACGCCAUCAUGAUGAGCGGAACACUCAUUGCCGGUUGGGCCAUGCUGUCAAAACAGGAAAACAUCCGAAGAGCUAAAAUAAUGUGCAACGCUUUAAAGUGUCCAAUCAGCAGCCGUCGUGAUAUGCUGAACUGCUUAAUCAAGGCCAAUGCCACUGAUAUAACCAACGCCCAGUGGAAUGUUCUGGUUCGAUAUUUUGACUUAUCGUUCGGUCCAGUCAUUGAUGGCUAUUUUCUGCCCGACAACAGCCACCAAACAGUUCGGGACUACAUCAACAACGAUACAAAGAAAGAUAUCCUGCUCGGUUUUGUCAAGAAUGAGGGGACGCACUCCGCGCUUUCGAUCACAAUAGUUCAUGCUAGAGAUUUGCAGGCACUUCCCGAUUUCAAUGACAAUGCAUUAUGCUAUCGUUUUGCAAGCCCUCUUCUCGCUCACAUUGCUUCGAGCUAUGGUCUUGCUCUCUCUCUCUCUCUCUCUUGCUCUCUCUCUCUUUCUCUCUCUCUCUCUUUCUCUCUCUCUCUCUUUCUCUCUCUCUCUUGCUCUCUCUUUCUCUCUCUCCCUCUUGCUCUCUCUCUUUUUCUCUCUCUCCCCUCUUGCUCUCUCUCUCUUUCUCUCUCUCUUUCUCUCUCUCUCUUUCUCUCUCUCUUCUCUCUCUCUUGCUCUCUCUCUCUCUUUCUCUCUCUUUCUCUUGCUCUCUCUCUUUCUCUCUCUCUCUUGCUCUCUCUCUCUUUCUCUCUCUUUCUCUCUCUCUCACUCUGGCUUAGAUCACAAUGCUGCAUGCUAUGGUUUUACACGUGCUUCCCGUUUUCGACCACUACACUUCGUGCUAGUGUUUUCAGGCACUCUCCGCUUUCGACCCCAAUGCUUCCUGCUAUGGGGGAACGUCUCGCUACAUUCCGCUUUUUUUCCGCCCCAUACAACCCAACUUCAUCCCCUGCCGUCAAGUGGGAAGGAAAAUUCCGGACACAACAAGCAAGCGGAAAAGACUCGUUGGGCUCCCCUGGCGACUUCGACGCGACACUUCCUCCAGCCCAGUGCCCUCCUACACGCUCUUCCACCACGAGCCUCUGGUGUUCGUCAAUUUUUAUUGCUGGUCAUAUUUGUUAUCUAUCUAUCUAUCUAUCUAUCUAUCUAUCUAUCUCAAUUUUUAUUGGGUCAUAUUUGUUAUCUAUCUAUCUAUCUAUCUAUCUAUCUAUCUAUCUAUCUAUCUAUCUAUCUCAUGGGUUAUUUAAUGCCGACAAGAUUUUAUUGCUGGUCAUAUUUGUUAUCUAUCUAUCUAUCUAUCUAUCUAUCUAUCUAUCUAUCUAUCUCAUGGGUUAUUUAAUGCCGACAAGAUUUUUAUUGCUGGUCAUAUUUGUUAUCUAUCUAUCUAUCUAUCUAUCUAUCUAUCUAUCUAUCUAUCUAUCUAUCUAUCUAUCUAUCUCAAUUUUUAUUGCAAUAUUUGUUAUUUUUAUCUAUCUAUCUCUAUCUAUCUAUCUAUCUAUCUCAAUUUUUAUUGCUGGUCAUAUUUGUUAUCUAUCUAUCUAUCUAUCUAUCUAUCUAUCUAUCUAUCUCAAUUUUUAUUGCUGGUCAUAUUUGUUAUCUAUCUAUCUAUCUAUCUAUCUAUCUAUCUAUCUAUCUAUCUAUCUAUCUCAAUUUUUAUUAUGGUCAUAUUUGUUAUCUAUCUAUCUAUCUAUCUAUCUAUCUAUCUAUCUCACGAAUAAAUCAAGCCUCGAUGUCUCCACCGCACGUGAUUUAGUGGGAGCCAAUAACAGUAGUAAUAACAUUAACUCUCUUGUCGACAGGGACGAGUUGCCUCCCCGCUUGGACUGUCCUGUCUCCUCGCACGCUUUCGAUAUUCGCCCAUAUCUUUGA